CCAUUUCUCCCUCUUCCAUCUUUCUCUCUCACUCAUCAAUGGCGUUUCGCAAAUCCUUUUCCAACCGCCUCUUCCACUGUUGUAAAACCAUCGCACAGUCGGCAGCUUCAGAACGCACUCCUAUCCCCCCCUCUCCGCGCCAUGCCAUCCUCCCCCCCAAUGCGUUCAGAACAAAGCUCCUUCGAGAGCACCUCGCCUCGCCUCAUUCCCCUCGCAGAGCCUUCUAUGGCCGCCUUCACAACCGCAGAGCCGUAUAUUACUCUGGCCCCUCCGACCUGCCGGAGUGUCUCUCACUUCCCGUUGGAGAGAAACUCAGGGAGAGGCUCAAAGCCAUCGGCAUCGAGGGAGAUCGCCUCCGCCUCGAUGGUCUCGGUCCGCCGGCGAGGGAGAAAGCCAAGGGUGAUUCGCCAUUCGGAAUGACUGUCAAUGAUGCGAGGAAGAUUCUUAAGCUAUCGCGGGUGGAGAAGCUGAAAGCGAAGUUGAGGGAGAUCCCAAGGACCUCGAUUUCUCACUCUGAGUAUAUGGAGCUAUGCGUUGAUGCUUGCGAGAACGUUAAAGAGGGCGCCAAGGUGGCCAAGAUGUUGGAUGAGUCCGGGAACGUCAUCGUUUGGGGAAACGUGGUCUUCCUGCGACCUGAACAGGUGGCGAAGACCAUGGAGAGCUUGAUCUGGAAAACAAUAGGGCAUCCAAAGGACCCGAGGAGGAUGGAACUGGAGGAGAUGGAAAAGCAGAAGGCGAUGAUAGAUGAGAAGGCAAACGCUUUGGUUCGAGGCGAGCUUUACUGCGGACUGGUCUUGCUGGUGCUGCAAACCCUGGCCUUCAUGAGGCUUACUUUCUGGGAACUUAGCUGGGACGUCAUGGAGCCCAUUUGCUUCUUCGUCACCUCCUUCCAUUUCGCUCUCGCUUACCUCUUCUUUCUCAAAACCUCCACUGAGCCCUCCUUCCAGGGCUACUUCUUCCGACGAUUCACCACCAAGCAACAACGCCUAAUGAAGACUUACCAAUUCGACGCCCACAGAUACAAUGAGCUCUGCAGGGCCUUCUAUCCCAAUCAUGACGCUACUUCAGAAGCUCCAUUCUGUUCCUCCUCCCGAGGCAACAUUCUUUGCUCCGCGCAUCAUUGAAGAGUCAUAGCCACAUCUUUCAUAUGUUCGUCCAGAAUGGACUAAUUGGACAACUUGAGUUUAAUUUUUCAAGUGCUUGACCGAGCUGGCCUUUGAUCAACAGUUAUCAAAGUUUUUCACAUCUACCUGAAGGUUCUUCUUUCCGGUUAUUUAGUGGAAGACCUCCGUAUAUACAGGAAAUACUAGGUUGAGAGGUGGUGUGAGUGAGACCGAAUAUCCCCUGAUGUAUGGACUCCUCAGUACAUGGACCACAUACCAAUAGUUGGACUCCCCCCCCCCCCCCAAAUAUCUUGGACCAGAUAGUAGGCCUUGACAGCUGGGAA